AUGACGGUAUCAAGGUAUUACACAAAGCUGAGAGGAAUUUGGGAUGAAGUACAAUCAAUUAACCUGUUACCAGCAUGCACCUGCCAAGGUUGCAAGUGUGAAAUCACAAAAGAGAUUGCAAGAUCAAGGGAAAAGGAGCGCUUGUAUGACUUUUUAAUGGGACUCAAUGAAGAAUAUGGUGCCCUAAGGACACAAAUUCUGAGUACUGAUCCUCUACCAACACUAAACAAUGCAUACCAUCUACUGAGUCGGGAUGAACAAGAGAAAAAGAUUGGUGCUUCUCGAAGUGUAAUGAGAGAAGCUGCUGCUUUCUACACCAACAACAAAACAGCUCCAAAAAUUGGGGUCAAAGGAAACUCUUCAAGUAAUCUAAAAAAGAAGGAAGAAAGAAGCAAGAAUGGAAAGAAUGAGGAUAUAUGGUGUUCACAUUGCCAUAAAACUCGACACACACUUGAAGGGUGUUUUGAAUUAAUAGGUUAUCCUGAUUGGUGGUCCGCCAAGUCCACAACAAGCAAGAAUCAAUCAGGUAAGACUCGACAACAACAACCAAGAGCUGCUACUAUUACCGGAGAAACCUCACAACAAUUUCCGGUUCUUGCUAAAGAAGACUAUGAAAAGCUUCUUCAACUUCUAAAAACAGCAAAACUAAGUGAGCAAAAGAUCAAUCCCACAGCCAACAUGACUGAUAAGGUCGAAAGACUAGACAAUUGGAUCAUUGAUUCGGGUGCCAGCGACCACAUAACUCAUCUUACAAAGUGGUCAAAAACCAUGAAUAAUAAGAUAAAUAACUCUUCUGUUUCCAUACCUAAUGGAAAGCUAGUAACAGUCAAAGGAAUUGGUGAUAUACAUAUAUCACCAGAUCUCAAAUUAAAAAAUGUGUUGAAUGAUUUACAUACGAAGAACUUGAUUGGGAUGGGUAAGGAGCGUGAUGGGCUUUACUACUUAGAGCCGAUGGAAAAGAAGAAAGUUGCAAUGGCGGUUCUAAGAAAAUAUGAUGUUUGGCAUAGAAGACUUGGUCAUACUUCAGAGGGAGUACUUCGUAAGAUACAACAAAUAGGAGAUGUAGUAGAUGAUUAUAGUCGUGGAAUGUGGGUGUAUUUGAUGAAAAAUAAGUUUGAUGCUGCUCAGCUAUUAGUCACAUUUUAUAAGUUGAUAGUAACACAAUUUAACAAGAACAUCAAAAGAAUAAGAACGGAUAAUGGAUCAGAAUUUAAGUGUAGUUUCAUGCUUGGGUUUUACAAGGACAAAGGCAUACUACUAGAAACCUUAUGUCCAUACACACCACAACAAAAUGGCGUUGUAGAGAGAAAGCAUAGACAUUUAUUAGAAAUGGGAAAAGCAUUGCGAUUCCAAGCCUCACCUCCAAUAGAAUUUUGGGGUGAUUGUAUACUAACCGCAACAUAUAUAAUAAACAAGUUGCCCACUCCAGUCCUAGAAAAUAAAACUCCACGUGAAAUACUUCUCGGGAAAUCGCCCACAUAUGAACACCUAUGGAUCUUUGGCUGCUUAGCUUACGCAGAUAACGCAUUGGGAAAAUACGAUAAAUUUGGUGACAGAGGGAGACCUUGCAUUUUCAUAGGGUAUCCAAUGGGUCAAAAAGGGUAUAAACUCUAUGACUUGAAAGAUCAAAGAAUACAUGUUACUCUUAGUGUCACUUUCACUGAGAGUAAGUCUCCUUUUGGAGAAAACUAUGAAGGACAUAAGGUGAUAGCAAAUGAUCACCUGGUUGAUGCAUUGGAUAAUAUAUAA